GAGCGCGUCCUCACUUCUGGGCGCCCGGGCGACGGAGUCGGCUGCGAGUUCGCGGGCUCCGGAGGGAAAUGGGGCAGGCAGUGACGCGCCGCCUCGGAGCUGGAGCCCGAGCAGCUCCCCGCCGGGCGAUGGAGCGCCGAGAUCCCAGCGCGCACGACGCCGCGGCGCCCCCGCCGCUCGCCGCCGCCCCGGCCGGGAGGAAAACAAAAGCAAAGGCACCACUUCCUCCAUCUGAGACAAAAUAUGUGGAUGUCUCUUCAAUUGAUGAUUCUGUAGAAUCUGCUGCUUUCAUCAUGGAACAGAAAGAAAACAUAAUAGAUAAAGACAUUGACCUUACAGUGGUUUUACCUGGGAAUAUCAUCACAUCUACUACUGUUCAUGGCAGUAAGCCUAUGAUGGACUUGUUGAUAUUCCUAUGUGCGCAGUAUCACUUAAAUCCUUCAAGCUACACAAUCGACCUACUGUCAGCUGAGAAGAAUAACAUUAAAUUUAAGCCAAACACACCAAUAGGAAUAUUGGACAUAGAGAAAGUAAUUUUAAAGCCAAAAAAUUUGGAUAAGAAAAAACCUACACCUAUAAUACCAGAGAAAACCGUGAGAGUAGUGAUCAAUUUUAAGAAAACACAGAAGGCCAUAGUGAGAGUGAGUCCACACGCAUUCCUGCAAGAACUUGUCCCUACUAUAUGUAGCAAGUGUGAGUUUGACCCACUGCACACACUGCUGCUGAAAGAUUAUCAAUCUCAGGAACCCCUCGACUUGACAAAGUCUCUUAAUGACCUGGGCCUGAGAGAAUUAUAUGCCAUGGAUGUCAGUGGAGAGUCUUCUCAAAUAUCACCAAACCUAGAUAUUAUGAAAGAGAAAGAAAACAAGGGGUUUUUCAGCUUCUUUCAACGCAGUAAGAAAAAGAGAGAGCAAACUGCAAGUGCUCCUGCAACCCCUCUAAUAAAUAAGCACCGCCCAACUUUUGUGAGAUCCAAUACCCUCUCCAGGCAGUAUGUGUCCAACACCCUACCAUCAGACGCACCCAAGAAGAGGCGGGCCCCGCUACCCCCCAUGCUGUCAUCACAGAGUACACCCCAGGACCUUGAGAAAGCCCAAGAGAGGCCAGGCUCUUCUGUGUCAAAGUCCACAGGUGUGGAGGAAGCCGAGAAGAGUCCCCGUGAAGUGGUCAGAACGAGGACAGGCUCACUGCCACUCACCAGCACAUCUGAAGGGAAUUCAUCUUUGAAAAGAACAAAGCGAAAAGCACCUUCCCCACCUUCCAAAAUACCCCUGCAUCAAAGUGAUGAAAAUGGCCACGUGACAGCCCUGCAGGCCGGAGAUAGUGUUUCCCCGGACAGCGCUUCAGAAGCAACCUCUCCCGAGGGGCUCCCCAGCCCAGAUUCUACUUCUUUGGCAGAAGGUUCCCUUGGCCCUGGGCUCUUCUAUCAGGAACAGCGCGCUUCGCCCAAACUGCCAGAUGAAACCUCACUCUCCGAGGGUCCUGGAACCCCUGAGGCCGCCGUAGCCUCCUGGACAUCUGGAGUAAGCUCGGAUUAUAGCCUUGAAGAGAUAGAAGAGAAGGAAGAACUGAGUGAGGUGCCCAAAGAUGAGGCUGAAGAUAUUUCUCUGAAGUCACCAGACAUUCCUUUUGUAUCUACUGAUAUAAAUACACUGAAGAAGGAUCUUGACUCAGUCUUUGGCACUGAUGGUGGAGAGGCCUCACAAAACUCCAAGGAAAAAAAACAAGCUACAAACACAGAUGGACAUAUAACAUACACUAUCACAUCUUCCAGAGGGGCACAUGGUGUUGUGUAUGGCACAAGCAAUGAAGAUAUGGUAGCUGAUCAUGUCGGGAACUUGCAGUCACUGGGCCCAAAUCAAAAGAAUGUUCAAAAUGAAACUAUUGUCCUUGCAACAAAAACAGAAGAUAAAAUGAAAAGUAGUGUGAGAAGAACAGAAAUCUGUGGAGAAGAUGAAGCCAAAAGGAAGGACAUGAACAUGGGAGCUGACAAACUGUCAAAGUGUCAAGCAUGUGAACCUGAUAGUUUGAGUUCCAAGGAAGGUCUUCAAGCAGUAAUAUCAGUGCCAGACCAAAAACUCAAUCAACCCAGAGGAGAAAAGACAAAAAUGCAGGAUGCAGCAAUUCAGACGACCCCUUCCUGUAACAGUUUUGAUGGGAAUCACCAACAUCAUCAUUUGCCUGAUGAAAGUGUACAAACUUCAAAUAACAGAUUGACUCAGCACUCAGCCUUAAGUCUGCAAGAUGCUGUAGAUGCCUCAAGUAGAUUGAGGAGUCAGGGCUCCCUACCUGUACAUCCAGAAGAUAGACCCACCAGGAAGGAUCCAGUUUAUGCCUAUGGUAAUGAUGAGCUUUCAUCUCCUGUAGAUAAGAUUGAUAAAAAUUCAACCAUUUCUUACCUAAAGAACUCUCCACUUUACAGACAGGACUACAAUCCCAAACCAAAACCUUCUAAUGAAAUUACAAGAGAGUAUAUACCCAAAAUUGGAAUGACGACUUAUAAAAUAGUGCCUCCCAAAUCCCUGGAAAUACAAAAAGACUGGGAAUCGGAAACCAUGGUGUUUAAAGAUAAUCAAAAGAUAAAUACUUUAGGAAAAAAGCAUGUUUCUGAGAAUGUGAAAGAAACUUCCAUGCAAACAGAAAACACUGCUACUUCUGAAGGCCCAAUGAAGCCUGAGCAAGACCUGAAACCCAAGCCCAGCUUGAGAACAGAGCAUCAGUUGCACAGGGCUAUGAGCUUUCCCGAUGGUGCCGUGACUAAUCCUCUGAAACCUCCCAGAAUGACUGGAGACACUGGCAUGCCUCCUUUCACACCAACUUUGGAAGACAUAAACAAUAUUUUGGAGUCAAAAAUAAAAUCUCGGGCUUCAAAUCCCCAGGCCAAACCAAAUUCUUUUUUCUUGCAGAUGCAGAAGAGAGCAUCAGGCCAAUAUGUCACAUCUGCAGCUGCGAAGAACACACACACUGCACCUAAUCCUACCCCAAAAGAACUCUCAAAUAAAGAUGUGGAAAGGGACACACUGCCUUCUCCAGAGCAGCCUCUUUCCCCUUUAAGUAAAACAACUCUCUGUACUCCACAGCCCCACAUUAAAAACACUGAUGAUGCUGUCUUCACCCAGAAGCCUGCUCCUCCGCCCAUAGCUCCUAAGCCUGUGCCUCUUCCCACUACUCAGCCAGCAGCAGUAAAUCUGAAGACUUUGAAAGCUUUUGGUGCCCCCCGACCAUUUUCCAGUUCCACUCCUUCGCCGUUUGCCCUUGCUGUAGUGAAAAGGUCACAGUCUUUCAGUAGGGUGCGCACGGAGUCCUCCAGUGAGGCCGAUGUUGUCCAGCCUCCAGCCAACACAGAAGAUGAGAAGACCUGCUUUGUAAAUAAGUUUUCUGACGUCCCACGACUUGAUGUGACAGAGAAGCAAAAUAACUCUGCACAUAAUGAACAGAAUUCUCAAAUGCCAACUCCAACUGACUGCCCAUCAUUCACCCUUAAGAGACACAGUUCCUUAACAUUCCAAAGCUCUGACCCAGAACAGAUCCGACAGAGUUUGCUGACUGCAAUCCGUUCUGGAGAGGCUGCUGCCAAACUGAAAAGAGUUACUGUUCCAUCAAAUACAAUAUCUGUGAAUGGAAGGUCAAGGCUCAGCCAUUCCCUGUCCUCUGAUGCCCAGGAGGGCUGUUAGAUGUUGCCCAGGUGAACUGCACUUCUGUUUCCACCUCCCAGACCAGCUUCACACCAAUGGAGAAUGUGGGCAAAUGUAUAUUCAGAUGUACACUAAUAUAUUAUCUAUUAAAGUAUGAGAUUUUAUGCUAUGGCUAUGAAUGUCAAAAGAAUUAUUAGAAUUUAUAAUUUAUAAUAAUUUGGGGCCUUUUUUAUCUUAAAUAUGCUGCUUUAGAACUUUAACAUAAGGUAUAAAUGACUUUCAUUUUUUUCAAAUGAGAAAUAAUUACCCUUUACUGAUGACAUAUUCUAUACAAUGGUGACUUAAAAGUAUAAAUGUAGAUUUAUAGACUUAUAUUUGUGUGACACAUAAACGGGCAAACAGACCUGACAUUUGCUGCCUCAGUGUUAGUUUAAUUGGAAAUAUUUAUGUUACAUUACAGGCUGUUUUGUGCUGAAAGAGUGAUUAAAAAAUUAGUGAUAUCAAUUAAGUAUCUAAAGUUCAAUUACUUUCAUUGAUGAAUCGUUUUGCAUACAAGACUUAUCUUGUGCAUUCUUUUUAUAAUUACAAAUCAUUGUCAAAUUUAGAGGAAGCAUAUUUUAAUACUUCAUGAACACGAACACUUAGUGUUUUAAUCUUUAGAGUUUAAGUUGUACAAGGAGAAUUUUAAAUAUUUUCUGUAUAUAAUUAUGACAUUGAAACAAACAUUACUUACGUGCCAGAAGCCUUAAAAAUCUUCCUAUGAAAAUAUCAAUAUACUGUACAAUUAUUUCACAUUUGAUAUGCAGAGAGGAGUAGAAGUUGGUAUGUAUUCAUAUUGGAAAACUUUAAAUACUAUUUGAAAGUUUCAGAAAUCCUGGUUUUAAUUUAAGUAAAAUGAUAAAAUAGUCACGAUGUUGUUCAGAUGCUAAUAUUCUAAUUUACUGUACAUUUAUAUGAAAAUUCAAAUGGUUAAGCUACACAGCACUUAAUCUGGCAAAGUCUAGAGCUUGAUGGUAUCCUCUCCCUGCUUCAAGAAUUUAAUUACUCAGGCCAGGGAUUUAGCUCAGUGGUUCUGCCGCCUGUCUCGCAAGCACAAGGACCCAAGUUCGAUCACCGGUACCAAAAAAAAAAAAAAAAAGAAUUUAAUUACUCAUUUAUUCUAAAAAAUUUUUUCAAACAAGCUGACAUUAAAUUGGUUUUCCCCAAAGCUACUGGAAUAUCUUCCUCUUAAAAAAUGUGAUUUUUUUUCCCCUCCUGUCUAAUAAAAGCAAGUUGUAUAUUU